UAAAAACCCCAGCCUGCCUUCUACCUGGCACAACAAAACACAAUUCAAGCAAUUAAGCAAGGCAAGAAAGCAUAUAUAAGAAUGGCUACUAAUAAUGAUGGGAGUCAGCUCAAACCAGUUGCAUCUCUUCUUUUGGGGCUGAAUUUCUGUAUGUAUGUUGUCCUCUUGUCCAUUGGUGGCUGGGCUAUGAACAGAGCCAUUGAUCACGGCUUUAUCAUUGGUCCGGACCUUAAGCUCCCAGCAGGUUUCACUCCGAUAUACUUUCCCAUAGGGAAUGCAGCCACCGGAUUUUUCGUCACGUUUUCUUUGAUCGCCGGAGCUGUUGGAGUGGCAUCGGUCCUCGCCGGAAUAAACCAUAUAGCGCAUUGGAACGCUAAGAGUGUGUCCGGUGCUGCUUCGGCUGCCAUCAUAGCCUGGACUCUUACUGCCCUUGCCAUGGGGUUUGCUUGGAAAGAGAUUGAGCUAAACUAUAGGAAUGCCAGGCUGAGAACAAUGGAAGCAUUCACCAUCAUCCUCACAGUUACUCAGUUGUUGUACAUACUGGUCAUCCAUGAUCCAGCAAGAACUCGAUAGAAUCACUCUCUCCAGGCCAUCCUGAACUAUAUAUAUUUGGCAUGUCAAUAAAGUGUGUGCAGUGUGAUUGAUACAAUUUCUUUUGAAUGUACAUUCUUUAUUUAUUUUUCAAUUGUCAUAAUUUUCCAUCGUUUAGUUCAUUGGAACUAUAUAUGUAAUGCAGCAAAAGAAUGCAAUUACUUGAUUGUAUUUGUGAGAAGAGAAAAAGCAAUUAAUGUCCAUGUAUGGUAUUUUUUUAUUCGAGUUCAUUUUGUAUACGAAAAGUAAGGUGUGAUCUUAAUAUUUAUCUCUUCUAAAUAAAUCUCAAAUUAAUUAUGUAA